AUGGCACAACAUCAAUACCACUACAUUCUCAAUACACAAGAAGAAUUUAAUUAUUCAAAUUAUGUUCCGAAUAAUGUUCGUCCAGAGACAAAACUUCAGGAAAUUAAGAAAAUUUUCAAGGAAUGUUUCGGAAAUGUAGAGUUAAUUGUUGAAUGUUUGAAGGGAUUUGAUGAGAAAACUUAUGCCAACUUGUGUUAUACCGAGUGGAAAGAGUCGAAUUUCUUAUCGAGAAUAUCUAAAUGGUUAUUCCUGGGAUUCGGAAAAGAAGAAGAACAAUCAGAAUUGUUAAAUAAUAGUAGUAGUAGUGGUCGUAGUAGUGCAGUAAAAUAUGAUACAAGAAUUGUUGGGGAGUAUUUUAAAAUUUUGGAUAUGGCAAUUAUGCGUGAUCUUACCUAUAGUAAUGUGAUCAAUUCUUAUUCCUUAUUCCCUUCAAAGAAUGAACGAGUGUGGAAUGAAAUUGUUAAUUAUUGUCUUUAUUUGAUAGAUUUGGCUGAUUCUGCAGAUAGAGGUUUGACAAUUUCGUAUGCUCUGAGGAGAUUUAUUCAGAGAGACAAUAGAAUUAAAGAUCUUGUUGCAGAAAAGAGAGAAAACUUGAUUCAAAUGAUGAUUAGAUUGACUAGAUUUCCAACCAAUCAAACAUUAUUGACGAGUAAUCAUUCUCUGAUGGUUUAUUGGACUCUCAAGUUGCUCGAAUUGAGUGGUGUAGAGAAAUGGAAUGGAAUAAUUGAAUACGAAACAACUUUGGAGAAAAUUCAGGGAUUUUACUUGAAAGCAUUAGUUAGCACUCUUCCUGAAAACUUGCUUGAUAGGCAUUGCGCUAAAUAUCAUAUUGAACCUUAUGAAAUUGUAACAGAGGUGUUUAAUCUUUCCAAUUCUUGCUAUUUGAAGAACGGUGACUCUGUUUCUUGUCUAUUUGAUGAUCAAUUGAUUUGUAUGAGAGAAUUUACAAUAGUUUCUAUGGCAAAUACUAUCAUGAAUAGAUCAGGGAUUGAAAUCGAUGAGUUAAUGCUUAAUUCCUUAGCUAGAGCUCUCAAGUUGCAAAAUGACAAUAAUGCGUGUAAGCUUUUCAGCGCGACGAUUUCUUCCUUCUUUGAGCAAAAUCCCAAACAACCGAUUUCUGAGCUCAAUUACUCCAUAAUUAAUCUAUACUGUUCCAUAAGAAUGCAAUCUACCUUCAAAUUAUAUUGUGAAAUAUUCAAUAGUAAUGAACAAAGAGUAUUCAUUUCCAAUACUAUUAUGGAUCCUUUUCUCGACCAUUUUAUGGAAAUAAGGAAAGGAAAAGACUAUACUGAUUUGAAGAAUAUUAUAGACUGUUUUGAUGCAUUUGGGGAGAGUAGUUCGUUUCUUGAUGAGAGAAUGGUGACCCUGUUUGUGGAUUUUGGUCAAACAUAUAGUGUAUUGGGGGCUUUUGCAUCUAUUAUUCAAAAUAGAGGAGCUGAGCUGAUGAACAUCAUGGAUGGAGCAAUGUGCAAUCGUUUAGAAAAACGGUUAGAAAUACGUAUUUCAAGGUAUUGUGACGGUGGUUGGUUUGCUGUUUUAUGCUCAGCACUGGAAAGUGGAUUAUUUUGGAAUAUUAUUGAAAAAUCGAGGCAAUUAACUGAGCCAAACUUUACAAUAACUGAGAAAUUCAAACAAGGCUACACUUUAGAACUUGUGAAAAAAGUGAGACAAGAACAUGAAGGUGGCACUGCUGAUCCUCCUUUCUACAUUCUCUACUGUUUGUGGUUCCUCUUAAUGGAGAACAUUGAAAAAUCUAACAAGGUUAGUAGAGGAAAGAAAAAUGAAAUGUACAGAGCUCUCGUUAAACUAUCUUUGAUUCCAAGAGAUUAUGACUGUGGCAGUCCUUUUGAUUCUGUGUUUGCCUUCUUCCUACUUGCAGAACUUGAGGAAAAUGUGGAAGAAAACAUGAGUAUUAUUUUGGAAAAUAUGGAUGCAAUCAUUAAUAGUAUGUAUGAACAAUCAAACAGAAGCACAAGCUUUUUAAGCUUUGCAAUAAGUAGAUUAUUGGAAAACAUUGAAAGAUUCCUCUAUCACUACAGUGGAAGAGAUGAAUUGCAAAAUGCAAUUCGAUUCGAAUUAAAACAGGCCUUAAUUCACUUGCCAACAGAUGAGCAUCCAAAACUUUUAGAAGCCAUUCACAAGCUUAUCGAUAAUUAA